AUGAAAACAAAGACAGAAUCCCUUUCUUGGGAUAAUAUACGAUACUCGCUCCACCCAUGGAUCAAAGAAGCAAUCUCCUCCCUCGGAUUCCCCACCAUGACCCCAGUCCAAGCAUCCACCAUCCCAUUACUCAGUGGAAACAAAGAUGUCGUAGUUGAAGCAGUAACAGGAUCCGGAAAAACACUUGCAUUCGUAAUCCCGGUAUUACAAAAAGUUUCCGACCGGAUGUAUAGUUCAGACGGAGAAGAUGGACCUGAACCGGUGAAGAGGGGACAUAUGUUGGCAGUAGUCUUGAGUCCGACUAGAGAACUUGCGAGUCAGAUCCAAGCUGUUUUCAAUCAAGUAUUGGAAUUUCUCCCCGAGGGAAAAAACCCCAUCAAGACUCAAUUGUUGGUAGGUGGAGGUUCAUUGGGGACUAUUAGAGAUGAUUUGGAUUUCUUUUUGAAAAACCAACCUCAGAUAUUAAUUGCUACACCUGGGAGAAUGUUGGAUUUUUUGGGAUCACAAUAUGUGAAGACACAAUCUACUGAGAUUGUUAUAUUGGAUGAAGCGGAUAAAUUGUUGGACUUUUCAUUUGAGAAGGAUGUUAUUAAUAUAUUGAAACGAUUACCUAAACAGCGUAGAACCGGUUUGUUUUCAGCUACGAUAAGUUCAGCCGGGGCGGAUAUUUUUAGAACUGGGAUGAAUAAUCCAGUUAAAGUGACAGUUAAAUCCAAGAAUUUGUUGGGGGAGAAUCAAAUUGCUCCAAGUAGUUUACAACUUUCAUAUAUGAUGAUCCAACCAGAAUGUAAAAUAUCAACCUUAUUACAUCUAUUAUCCAACUAUCAAUUCAAAAAAUCAAUAGUCUAUUUCCCAACCUGUACAUCAGUCAAACAUUUCUAUUCAAUCUUCCACACUCUCCAUGCCGAUCAAAACCUAAAAUUCUUCUCCCUUCAUGGUCAACUAUCCACCAAAUCCAGAAUGAAAACCCUAUCCAGCUUUGCUGAAGGUGACACCAACAUCAAUAAAUUCAUCCUCAUGACCACCGACGUCGCUGCUCGAGGUAUCGAUAUCCCCGACGUUGAUCUCGUGAUCCAAAUCGACCCACCAACUGACCCAAAUGUAUUCUUACAUAGAUGUGGUAGGACAGGUAGGGCGAACAGAGUAGGUAGGGCGAUUGUAAUGUUGAAUCAAGAUUGUCAAGAGGAGGAUUAUAUCGGAUUCAUGGAAAUUAAAGGAGUUUCCCUCUCACAAAUGACCACUCCUGAUGUGACUUCCGAUCAUCGAGAAUUACAAACUAAGUUAAGGAAAUAUAUGCUUGAAGAUCGGGCAAGACAUGAUUUGGGAAUUAAAUCCUACGUUGGAUUUAUUCGAUAUUAUUCCAAACAUGUAGCUAGUUCUAUUUUUAGAUUGUCAACAUUGGAUUAUUUAGGUGUGGCUAGGAUGUAUGGAUUAUUGAGAUUGCCAAAGAUGCCGGAACUGAGAUAUAUUGCCAAUGAGGAUAUGCCUGAAGAUGGAUGGUUAGGAGAGGUUAUUGAUAUGGAUAAGUAUGCUUAUGCUGAUAAAUUACAGGAGAAAUCGAGGUUGGAGAAUUUGGAAGCAGAUAGAGAGAGGAAGAUUCUGGACGCGAAGAGGAGGAAGGAAUUGAAGGUGAAAAAUGAAGCUUGGUCAAGUAAAGUGGAAAAGAAGGAGACUAAACAAGAAAGAAGGGAGAAGAUGAAGAGAAAGAGAGAAUUGAUUGAGAAACAAAUCAUGGACGAAUCUUCUGAAGAUGAACAAACGGUAGAAGAUUGGAAGGAUAUAGUUAGAAAGAAUAAAAAGAAAAAGAACAAUAGUGGAAGUUUGCAAGGGUCUUUUGAAGGAUUAUAA